AUGGACUCUCUUCUUGCUGAAAUCGAUAGAAAAAGGAAACAGAUAGAUCAAAAUGAAGUCACAUCGGUAAGUAUCUUUAAAUUAGAACUACAAUACGAGAGAAACGUUUGGCCAAAAUGUGAUAAAUUCAAACAGAACCAGCUCGAAUAGGAUUCUCGUAUUCUUCAUCUAUGUUUGCAAGAUGAAUAUGUCUUUAUCAUAUCUAUUCACGGUUUCGUUUUCAAAUUUUCUUCUCUCUUAACUUUUUAAAUACUUAACCAAGAAGAAAGAAGUUGUCUGGCAAAGGAAAGACAAAGAGCAAGCUGUGCACACAGUAAAAACAUAGUUGUUUUCAGAAAAUAAUUUGAGCCUUGGAAUUUGUACUGCAGGCGCACAAAAAAUUAUAACUACAUCUACAUGCACGUUUACAAUCUGCAUGCCGACCACCGCAGAUAGAUCAAGUCCAGACUGCUAGAUAAAUCAAGAGAUUAGCAAAAAAUAUAUCACCAAAUCACUUUUGGAACAAAAGAGAAUUUAGACUGGUAAUCAUUAUCACUGAAAUAGGAAGUGAGUCAACUAUCUUGAUUUUCCCUUCUGUGCUGUGAUAGUUCUUUUUCGUUUAACUUACAUUUUGUUCAUAUGAGGCUUACUUUGACCUAAUGUAAUCAAUUAAAAACAAUGUUGACACUUUCACUCCCACAAAUGAUCCAAAAAGAAUUCCUCUUUGCAAUAUAUGCAGGUAAACAAGCAGAAAGGUGAAGAAAAAAACUGAAUAACUUAGUGAGAGUACUUGAUUUAACACCAAAUUCUCAGAGCUAAAACAUAAGUAAAUAUAUGGUAUGCUGUAAGGAGAAUUGAUUGUGUGAUCUUGGAAGUAAAGGUUUAAAUGACAUUUUGGUAAACACUUAAUAAACAAACUUUAGAGGACCUAUUAACAUCAGUUCUGAAUAUGGCUGUGUUAUGCUACUGUAGCCAACAAUUUUAUGCUAAGAGAGCAUAAAGAAGUUGCAAAUUUAUCAUUUAUUAAUUUAACAGCAUUGAAACAUUUUCUUAGUAAUAGCAUUAAGUUAUGCCCUUCUUAGAAUUGGUCAGUGGAGGUAUUUCAGUUUUUACAACAUUCAUAUUUACAAACAACAUUUUUAUUUAGUUGGUUGCUAAUGUCAGUAAUAUAGGCUGCAUCAUGAUAUUAUUUUUGUUUUUCACCAGAAUAAAAAAUACUUUAAGCGCGGGGACCUAACUGCUAAACAGGCAGAAGACUAUAGAAAAAAGCAAGAGGUAAAACCCUGCAGUACUUGAUUUCUCACAAAUUUUAAAUGCAAAUUAAUUUUACGAAAUGAAUUUAGUCCUCUAACACUUUGUAUAUUUUUAUUCCAAUCUAGAAAAGGCUCCAGGAAAAGGAGGUAAAUGAUUUCUCUCUUUGAAUAAGAGGUUCUAUAGGAUACUGCUUUUAGGGAUUUCAAAAUGGUUUGGAGUUGGGGUUGGACUUGGUAAAAGCAGGUGAGUAUGAGGAGUUCAUUAACCCUUAAACCCCCAGAUCAAAUUUGUAAUUCUCCUUACUGUCGACUAAACAAUUCUUAUAAUGUUAGUUUAGAGAAUUUAGUAUUGGCUCAACUAAUUAUCCCCAAAUUGAUAUUUUUUUUAAUUCUCAACACUUAUCUGGUUGAUAUUGUAUUGAUAUUGUAAGGAGAAAUUCUGUAUUGGUCACUCAUGGGAGUUAUAGGGUUAAGGGCCAAAAGGUAAUUGUUUUGACCAGCAUAACUGGCGGCAUGUUAUUAAGAAGCUGAGGGAACUCUGGCAGCCACCAGGUUCCUCUGAAAUCCCUUUGCUUUGCCAAAAGUGUUAUAGCCUGGUAGGAGACAGUGUGAAUUUAAGAACACAAGAAAAAUUAACAAUGAUUAUGAAUUUAAUGCACUUACUAUGACAGUAAUAUUUAUGGUUUUCAGGAUCAAUAUCAGUAUCUGGGCAACUGCUCACCUACCCCUCCCCUAACCCAACAACAGUCUAUUGAUAACAGGUUAGGGUUAAUGUUGGGUUAGGGGAGGGGUAGGUGGGCAGUUGCCCAGAUACUGAUAUUGAUCCGGUUUUCAUUACUGAAAUAUGCCUUAUGAGAGUUUUUUGUUGACCCAUUUUCAGGAGAGAGCUGGUAAAAGGGCUGCAGAUGAUGAUAUAUUUGCUGCCUUCAAAAGAAAAAAAGAUGAAAAUGAAGCAAAUUCUGCUCUGAUUCCAAGAGAGGAGGUCAUUAUCGUAAUUUAGCUGCAGUAACCAGCAGUAAUGAAAUUACUCACAAAUCUCUAAGAAAGUUGAAAAUACUCCAAUGAAAAUGUUUAAUAAUAGAACAGCAUUUCAUCAGUAUGAGACACUUAUAUAGGAGAAAGAUUCUUCUUCCUCUGAUCUUCCUUGCAGUGAUUGGAUUUAUCCAUAUUCACCUGUAAGAAAUGUUUGUGGCAGCUAGAAGACUUUUUUUAUUGUUCUCCUUUCUAAAGGUGAUUCGCAGAUUGAGAGAAAGGGCAGAACCAAUUAGAUUGUUUGCUGAGAGUGAUGAGGAAGCUUGUCAAAGAUUGAGGUUUGUAGUUAUAAGGCUCCAAGCUGUGACUAGUUUGGUAGCUUUGGUGACCAUGACAAAAAAAGGAGACUAAAUUUGUAACCUGUUUUGCAUGGUUUGUCUAACUUAGUUUUAAGGUUUGAAGUCAAAGUGAGGUACUAAACAUUUUGACAGGAUUAUGUGUAGAUAUGUUCCACUGUUUUCUUCCAUAAAACUUUCCUUACUUGCCUGAGCUUUUUUUUUCCUCAUUGGCUGACUUACUUCUCUAAAAAAAGUCAAGCUAGGAGUGCCAAGUCAGUGUCUCUCCCUGUAAUUAGCUUUUACAGGAUUGCAUGCAAAACACUGAUAGUGAAAAAUGUAUUAAUUUUUUAAUCAACAGGAGAAUUGAGAUGCUUGCUCCAGAAAUUAAUAAGGUAUUGAAUUGAAAUUCAAUCCAACUUUUUUGUUUUAAAUUCAAUUUAUAGAGCCUGUUGAUGAUUAACACAAUGUUGUAUACAGAUAAGAGAACAACAGAGAUAUAAGAGGGAAUUACUGAAAGAAUUAAUAAUGCUUGAGGAUUCACAACAUUUUGUUUAAUCCUACAGAAACAUAAAAUAUCUACUUUUAACACUGAGAGGUUGUGCAGAGAAAAGUUUACUGCAUACCAUGCAAAAAUUCCAAAGAGGAUCCUUUUGUACAUUUAUUCAGUUUUUCUUUCUUUUUUUUUUCGUUUUUUUGUUUUUUUUUUGUUUUUUGUUUUGUUUUGCACCAGGGUUUGAGGAAUGACUUCAAAGCAGCCAUGGAAAGAGUGGAUCAGGAAUAUUUAGCAGAGUUAAUUAAACAGCAGGUAUGCUCUCAUCGAACAAAAGAUGACAAAAAAAGUUAAUGAAUGAUUUUUAUUAAAUAUGUGGUUACAAAUUUUGAGAAAUGUAUGCCAGAUAGUGUCAAACACAGCAGCCUAAUGGUUAGUUUGCUGGACUCCGUUUCAAGAGGUCAGAGUUAAAAAAAAUAGACUUUAAUGGCUAUCACAAUUACUGGUGGACUAAGUAGUUUAUAAUGUGGGCCAGAAAAGAGAGAGAAACAAAUAGUUCAGAUAAACAUAAAGUGCUUGAAAAUCCCAACUGGCAGGAGACAAAACAGUUGGCUUAUUUACACAGCACAGCUGAGUAGUUGAAACAGGGGUUACUGAGGACAAAUCUAGUGAGUGGUAGGGUGGAGGACUUGAAUCCAGGACCACCAGAUUAUAAGUCCAGCGCCCUAGCCACUCGGCCAUUCUGACCUCUGUGAGUGUGAGACCUGGCCAGGUCAUUGUGUUAAGUUCUUGGGCAAAACACUUUACUUUCACAGUGCCUAUCUCCAUCCAGGAGUAUAAAUGGGCACUGGUGAAUUGUCAGGGAGGCCUGAUGAAAUGCUGGGGGUAACUUUGUGAUGAACUGGCAUCCCAUCCAGGGGAGGAGGUGGUAGUAACAUUUCUUGUCACUUGAUGCUAAGGAAACCAGGACAAGCAGUGACUAGAUGAGCGCUUGACUCAAAACAGACUUUUGUGAAAGUGGAAGGAGAAUAAGGCAAUUAAUCAGAAGGAUGUUUUUGUAGGGUGGUGGUGAACAACAAAGUUCAGAAAGUGAAGAAUCGUCACAAGUUGAAGAAGAUGGAACAACCUUGGAGGAUAUCAAGGUAAAUUUAUCUUUGGUUAGCUUUCUACUUUUGAAUAUAUUUUGCAAUUAAAGAGAUAUUUUUAAUGCUAAUUUUUGUGUAUUUUUUAAACUAUAUGCACAAUAUAUUCUCUAUUUUUUUUGAAGGAACUGGCCAUAAAUAUGGGUAAAGGUAAUGAAAAUUUGGAUCAAGAUGUCAUCUUAAAGUUUAUUCAGGUGAACUGCAGAUUGUACUUUCACAGAAAAUUGUUAAUUAUGCAGUAUUAAAGUAUAAAUUGUCAUUUGGAUAAAGGCAUUGAUAAAAAAAAAAACAAAAACAAGCAUGCAGCAGAUGACCCACAGCUGAGCAUGUCAUUGAUGCUCUUAACACAAUUUGACGUCAUCUGUGUCUAUUACUGUACAAACCCACAGCAAAAUAGAUUCUGUUUGUCAUUAGAUGUCUGUUUGUUUUGUUUUUCCUUCUAGUUCCUCCUUGGUUUAUGGGCUAAGGAUUGCAAGACAAGAUCUGAUGAUAGCAAAAGAAGCCUUGAGGUAGCACACUGCACUAAAAUUGUUUUAAAAAAACCUUUAGCUAGAGCUAGAGCAUUUUUCAUGAUUCACUACAGAAUUAGAAAUUGAAAUUACUUUAUAGUAACUGAAGAUCUACAGUGUAUGAAUUCAUCUCUUUUUUCCUUUGGAACCAAAAUGAAAUGUUUACAACAGAUCAGUAUGAUUUUAACAUCACAGCAAAAUUGACUAACAGUUUACAUGAACUUGAUUGACAAGAACUCUUCACUAGACUAUGAUGGUAACUUCUGUUCAGGCUUUUGAAGCAUUAGUCAGUACUACUGAUAACAGUCCCUCUUUGGACUACCCUCACGCAGACAAUCAGAAGGCUCAAUCAAAUAUCAGUAUCAGCCCAUGCAGUCUCCAGGUGUUAACGCACAUGUGUAGUCUUCAGGUCACCCCUGUGCUGUGGCUUGCAAAUAGCCAACUUGUCUGCCUCCUAGCCUUUGGUAUUUUAAACACAAGUGGAUUCUUUCCAGUUGUGUUUAUCUGUGUCAAAAGCAUGUUUAGGUGCUGAAUAUAUUGACCUAGUUAUUUGUUUUUUUAAACUUUAUUUAUUUUGUUUGCAAAUAGGCAAAAUUGGCAGGUGCUACUCAAAGACAGACAGAAUCAUAUCUGAAGCCAUUGUUGAGAAAACUUAAAAAUAAGGUAAACAAUAAACUUGGAGAACUGUCCUUUUUUAACAAUUAUUGUGGCUUUUCAAAGUCAUCAACAAUAAGAGUUCCAUAAUUAUCAGAGUGAUGACUUUAAAUUAAAAAAUGACAGAUUUUUUCUAUGUGGAAAUUUCUGCUUAAAAAAAAAAGAUGUUGAACUCAUCUAAAAACUUUAGACACUUGCACUUAUUGAUGUCAGAUUUGUUUGUUGUUUCCAUACAGAAAACACCUCAAGAUAUUCUUGGUGCAUUAACAACCAUCAUAAUGAAUCUUUUAGAAAGAGAGUAUGUCAAGGUAUGAAGUCAAUUCAAUGAUGUUAGUUACUUUGAUUUUACUUCAAUCUUUCAUUGAUUUUAUUGAUUGUUUUGAUUUGUUUCCAAAAAAAAAAAUUCCAUCUAGAGGCUAUACUCCAAUUCAACCCUUGGACCCUUGAGAGUGAUAAAAUUUAAUAUCUCCUUACAAUAUCACCCCUGAAUCGCACAUUAAAGUCACAAGAAGAUAGGAAAUGAUCAUCAACUAAAAAGCUCUUGAUUGUUAAACAAAUUCUCCUUGUCAGCACAUCAGGAAAUGUAUAGAGAGCAGAGUGGAGAAUAUGCAUACUGAUGUUAGGGUGGAAAGAGUUAAAAGAUAUUUAAGAAACCUUUUAGUAGGACUUUCUUAGGAAAUUUUUGUUGCUAAUGAAGGAUAUUUUAAAAGGAAGCUUAGUUUGAUAAGCAUCACUAUAUUUUAUCCCACAGGCCAAUGACUCGUAUCUUCAGAUGGCAAUAGGAAAUGCACCUUGGCCUAUUGGUGUAACUAUGGUGGGAAUCCAUGCACGAACAGGAAGAGAAAAAAUUUUUGCCCAGAAUGUGGCUCGUAUCCCUUUUACCAGUUUACUGGUUUGAUGUUUGCUAAUUUACAGGAGGAUUUCCACUGAAUUUUAAAGCUCAAGUACAACGAUCACAAUUCUCUUAAACUUUCAACUCUGAUAGGUGGCCAAGACAGAAUUUCUCCUUACAAUUUCAGUACAACAUCAGGCAGACAACUGAUGGGAAUAAUGAAAAAUAUCAGUUAGGGGAUCAUUAGUUGAUCAAAUACCAAAUUCUCCAAACUGACACCACAAGAAUUGUAAGGCAAAAAUUGAGGAGAAUUACUCAUAAGAUCUUGGAGGUGAAGGGGUUAACAGUCACCUCUACCCAGAUAAUGCAGCUCAUUAAGUUUCCAUUCAUUUCUAUGUUCCCUUAACUUUUGUUUUAUCAGAUGUUCUCAAUGAUGAAACUCAAAGGAAGUACAUUCAGGUAAAGAUUAAGAUGGAAAAUAAUGAUAAAAAAUAGUUAUCUAAUGAAAUUAAUAAGAUGUGUCUUAAAAUGUCACAAAUAUGUUGCAGUGAAACAGUUUUGUUCUUUCUCAGGGACUAAAACGUCUGAUGACCUUUUGCCAAAAGAAGUUUCCUGCAGAUCCAUCAAAGUCUGUGGAAUACAAUGCUGUAAAGUGA